CGGGCUAGCUGCGACUUCUGUUGCGAGUAUUUCCAAAAAACUCGCGAGGGAAUCAAAUGUCCCGUCGUCCGCUUUUGUGGGUGGUAGCGCAGGCACACACCGGCGCUGUCUCUCGCCUAGCAAUCGAUGCUUGAGAACCUGUAACAGCCAAGAGAAAAACGACGCAGACCCUUUGUUCUUCUCUUUUUCUGAGAUUACCCCUCGUGACAAAACCGUGAGGGAUUUCUCCAAGCAUGUUUUCGACUCAGCGGAAAGAAGCUGGCAACUAAAACCCUAAGCCUUAACGCUGAAGGCGACGUGCGAACUUGAGAGCACAGGUGUCUCCCGUCUCUCUGUAAGGUUUCGCGGCUUUCUCCUAAAGGAGAAAAGUAAGAAGAUAUCGCCACAGCACACCUUUCGGACAUUUCUACGUGGACUUUCUCCAUAGAGAGAGGCAUAAACAGGGAGGCUGGCGAAGACGUCUGUUCAUCGCCUGUCGAAUUCGCGCACAAGACACUAUUUCCAAGUCGAGAGCGGACAGGAGGCCGCGCUCCUCGUCCUCACCCCACCCAAAGGACAGACUUCGCUGUCCUUGAACAAAAGUCUGUGUCGUGUUUUGCGGUUCUUGGAACGUCCAGUGCAAAUAUACAAACGCAAGUCGAACUGCUGUGUUGCAGCGACACUGGUAGUCCGAACUUCUGCGGGCCGUGCUUCCUUUCCCUGGCCGGUCUCGUCUGCUCCAGUUUCAUCCGUUGCCAUUUCUCAGCAUGGGGAAGCAAACGCUCUUCCCGCUUACUCAUCGCUUCCAGUGCGAACUGCGGCGCGACCUCUAGAGCGGCCAGGAGAAAGAAGAGACAAGACAGUGGAGAAGAGAUAGAAGGAUAAGGCGAGACCCAGUGGCUGAGGAGAGAAGAAGGAGGAGCGAUGCACAAGGAGAGAGAACGGAAGACAAUGGGGCGGCGGGAGAGGAACGGCCAGAGUGGGUGAGAAGAGUGGGCGCGAUGAAGGGGAUACCGGACUUUUUUUUUGUUGCUGCUCGAAAGGGUCUCCUCUUCGUUCUUCUCUGCCUUACUCGGGCGCUAAAUGGCUUUGUGACUCACCGUUUUCUCCGUCUCCAUCGUCCCGUAUGAUCGUCGGCAAUUGCCUUCUUGCGCCUUGGUGCCCCGGAUGACGCGGCCGAACUACCGCUGAGAAAACAUGUGCGGCCUCUGUCUUCUGCCUGCGGCCCUGAAUGGACGCGCCCACUGUUCGUCUCUUCUUCUUUCGUUCCUUCUGUCCUUUCUGCUUCUUCGCUUCGCCACUGUCUCCUUGCGCGCCUCCUCUCUAUCCUUUCCUCCCUCUUCUUUGUCUCCCCAGGCGUCUCCGUUUCGAAGCAGCUCCGCCCUCUCCUCACCUCACCCUCCUCUCUCGUGGUCUUCCUCCUCGGCUUUCUCCGCGGUCUCAGUGGACCGACUCUCGGCGUCUCCCUCAACCCCCAGCUCUCUUUCUUCCCAACCAGGAUCUUCUUCGUACGCCUCUCACUCAGCUCGUGAGGGAUGUCGUCGCGCUUCCUCUUUCCUGCGACUUCCUCCUCUUUUUCCCUACUUGCCGCGCCUCGGAAGAGCCGCUUCUUCUCCCGACAGGCCUCUCUUUGUCGCGUCGAUUCUCCCUGGAUCUGAGGGCGUAUUCUACGCCCCACAGCUCCUCCAGUCCUCCCUGAUCUCUCCUUCUUCGUCUUCCCGGUCUUCCUCUGCUUCAGCCUGUCUUCAUUCCUCCCUGUUUUCCUCCUCUCCUCCCGCCUCCGACUGUGCGCCGUCUUUGUUUCCCUCGUCGUCCUCACCUGCGUCCUCUUCUUUCUGCCCGUCGUCUUCUCUCUUCUUCCUUCCUCUCCUUCACUCUCCUCGUUUGAGAGCUCCCGCUUCCUGGCUCAGCGUCGUGGCUCCCCGCGCUGCUGCGUCGCACGAAAUCGCACUGUCUUCUUUCUUUCCUUCUCCGUUUUCCUUGUCUCCUCCGUCCCUCCAGCUCCAGUUCCCUUCUUUUUCUUUUCCUCUUUCAUCGCCCUCUUCGUCUGUGUCUCGGCUUGCUUCUUCUCCUUCGUCGCUUUCUGAUUACUCUCGUGUUCCUUCUUCUCCUUCUCGUACUCCUUUCUCUCCCCCCCCUCUUUCUGUCUCUUCUCGGUCUUGUGCUUCGUCUCCUCCUCGUUCUUCCCCUCCGUCUCGUUCUUCUCUCUUUUUCCCCGCUCCUGGCUCGCGGGCGUCUCGCGUUCUCUCUGGAACGCGAGGCCUGUGGAGGCGAGGGCCGAGAGGAGACCAGCCGGAGAGAAGAGAGAAAGUGCGAAGCACAGGGACACCGAAACAGAGGCCUAGGCGGUCCACGGGCCUAGGCUGUCUCUGCAUGCGUGGAUGGGGAAGAAACGCCGACUACGGAUGGGAAGAAGAAGACGAGGGAUUGAAGGUUUUUGUCGCCGUCGAGGCGGAGGCCACCAGCCGUGAUGUCGACUGCGUCAUUGGACCCAAGGAACUCUUUCUCAAACUCAGACACAGAAACCUGCCUCUCAUCGACGGCACGCUAAAGGGCCGCGUGUCUGUCGAGAAUUCCUACUGGUGCAUUGAGGACAUCACCGCGAGAAACCGACUUCCCCAGUGUCUCAGUGCCUCCUCCUUUUCACCUGCACCUCCUACCCCACCGUCUCCUUCUUCUUCUUGUUCGUCUUCUGGUUCGCCUCCACCUCCUUCGUCGCGAGUGCCGUCAGAUGCGGAGAUUGCAAAGGCGCCUUGGCUGGGUCUCGACCUCGUGGAAAAUGGGUCUGCCCCGCCCCCUGCAGAAAAGCCAUUGGGGAAGCUGCUUACGGUGUAUCUGCAGAAGAAGCGACAGCAGGGGACAGGUCGGGCGUCAGGCGGUGUCGCCGGCGCCUUGGCCUUUCCGGAGUGGGGAGGCGUGCUGGAGGGCGAGGCAGUCGAAGAUCUUUUCUACGAUAUUCUCCCCUCCAAGAUGCGCGAUGUCACGCCUGCACAUCGCGCGCAAGACUGGGUGCCCGGGGCGCUGCUUUACCGACAGCCUUUUCCGGCGUCUUUCACGCGCCAAGAGGCCCUGCAGUUCGUCGACGCGUGGACGCGGUCUCAGAGCGCAAUCGGGGCUGACGCCAUUGUGGCGGGACCUGCGAUGUCUCGUGCGACAUCCACUCAAAGUUCUUCUCUUCUCUCCAAAGCGCAGGCUCUGCUCGCUCCACACUCCGACCCCGCAGGCUCUUUCGGACUCCCCGCCACACAAAUGUUCAUUAUCGCCUCGCCUCUCCCCGAUGGAGUGCGUCUCUCAUUCGAAGGCCCUUCGGCCCCGCGGGUGUCUCCUUCUUCGUCCUCGUGUGGGGAGGCUGGAGGGGCGACGGGGGGACAUGCGUGCAGGGAGCGCCGACGGAAGGAAGGGUCUUCAGCGUCUGCGCCCGACGCGCGUUCCGCUUCCUUCGGGGACUCUCUCUCGCUGGCGACGGCCAACCAGUUCCUGCAGAGAGGCGGGUCGUCGCGGGACGCGCGCUACGACGAGGCUGGCCAGUGGCUACCGGAAGACAGCCUGGAAAUUCGCGUCAUCGGCGAGGAAGGCUCAGCAGCCGGAGAAGAACAAGAAGACGGAUUCUGCGGUCGAGAGACCAUGCAGGAACGCCUGAAGAAGCAGACCUUCACCUUGGAGUUGGUCGUUCUGAGAGGGCCUGUAGGCUCUGGCGGCAAGGGCGAGUUUGGCCCUCUCGUCAGUCUGCAAGUCCGAGACACCGAGGAACGGCUGCUCAAGAAACUGCAACAAGACCUUCUUGGAGUCACGCUGGCGAUGCGCGAGAGACUGCAGGCGCGUGCGCGAGAACGCAAAGAGAUGGAAGACGACCUCCUCGGACCUCCCAAGGACCUCCGCCACCAUACCCUCGCGAGGGAAUUCAACAGAGAGGGAGACGACACAACAUCUCUCUCUUCUCCUGUUUCUCUGGGCUCUUCUUCUCCUUCUCCUUCCUCUCCUCAGUCUUCUCCUCCUCGUUCCCUGUCGUCUCCUGCUUCUCCUUCUUCGUCUUCCGCUGCUUCUUCGACUGCCUCUGUUUCUGCGUCUUCGGCCUCGCUCCCAGCUCAUGCCGUGGAAGUUGACACAGAAGAAAUAACGCCUGAGUGGAUAGAGAAGUUUCCAGGGUUGCAGGCUUCGGUCGCCGAAGAGCGGCAGUGGCUGUCGCAGUUUCCGCUCAAGACGCGCGACGGGAAGCACCUCGUGCCUCCGUUGGAGGCCGAGCCGAAGGGACCCGAGGACGAAGCAGGGAGAGAGGCGCGACAAAAACGAAACGAGAAGCAGAAACAGAGAGAGAGAGAGAGACAGCAACGAAAAGAAGACGGCAGGAAUCCUUACGGAAUCAAAGUUGUCGAUUUAGAUGGACAGAGCGGACAAAAACCCCCCGAUUUUAUGAGCAACUGGAGUCUCGAAAGAAGGCGCGAGUUUCAGCGUGAAGUGGUGCACGACUUGGAGCAGAACAUUCGGCGUUGCCACCAGACGAAGGAGGUUCUGUCGAUGGCGGAUGUGACGCGGCACCUGCAGACGUUUUUGAAUUUCUCUGACGAGGAAAUUGCAGACAUUUGGAGGACUGGCCACGCUGAGGCUUCGCGCUUCAUCAACGACCCGGGCCGCGAUAUCGAGAACCUGAAAAAAAAUCAAGAAAAACGCAAAACCCACUGGGCGCAACACGACCUGUUCUUCCCUCUCGAACGCGAAGCAGAAUCAGGCGAAGAAUCAGUCGAAAAAAUCCAAGUUUUUGACCUCAUGGCUGGACCUGGACCUGACGUCGCCUCCCCACACACUCUUGGAUUCAAGGUCCUGCAGACCGAGUACGACCGCCCUCUUCAUCGGCGCUGGGAUGAAAUGCCGGAACGAGAGCAACUCGAGUAUCGCGUGAAGCUUAGGGAAAAGGAGGCGCGACUGGAUAUGCUGCUUUGCGAGCUCAUGGAAGUCACAGACGAAUCGAUGUUUCCUGUGAUCUGCGACCAGUACAAAGAUUUGCUGAUGGAUGAGCACUUUCUUUUGAUCAUGAAGCUGAGGAUUCAGGAGCGACCGCCUCGCUCGCGGAGAGAAAAAGACAUUUUCGUCAUCGUCAACAAGUUCACAGUCUCCCUCUACGAAGACGUUGAGUCCCUCGCUCUGCAGAACGAGAAGGAGCAGCUGAAAAAAAUUCGCCUUCUCUGCAUGCAGGCUCUCGUAGACAUCGACAAACUGACGGAAUACGCCGAGUCCAUGAAGCACUUGCUCAACAGGGACUUCCUCGCCUACCUCGAGUUCGCCAUUCACGCAGAGCGAAAGCGAAUUCAAAAAGAAGGAAACAACCCAGACGCUGCGCCUUCUCAGUGGCUGAUGGUUCUUAUGAUCAUUCACAAGGGAGUAAUGUCCAUUUACGAAAAAGAAAUUUGGGAGGACGUGAUGUGGAUCACCAUGGUCGUGACGCAGAAGCAGCCGGAAGUUCGUCGGAAGCUGCUGGAGCUCUUCGUGGCGCAAAUUCCGAAAGCAGAUUGGAAACAAUUCAAACGCGUCGCCCUCAGAAUGGCUUCGGCCCUGGCUCAGGGAGGCGGCGUUCACGGUCCUCUGUCCUUCCCGUCUUGUCCGUGGGUGCCCGCGGCAGUGCAGCAACUGGCGAGAGAUUUGGAACGCAUUUUGCCGGACUGGAUGAUUGAGGGCAUGAUGACCGACUUCGAUAAACAGGUCUUGAAACAGAAAAUGGACCGCAUGUCCUGUCUGUGGGGCGAGAAGGACCUGGAAGAUCUCCGGCAUGUGAACGUCACCCUUCCAAACGUGUCGGAGCUGAUGAAACAGCAAAUCGAACAGGCAACGGAGGUCUUCAACAGGCCCGAGAAUCUCCAUCAGUUCUCUCGUAGCCACUUCGAGGUUGGAGCCUCUUGAGCAUGCACUUCAUACAGGCCGGCAUAAACUUUCACACGCCUUUGUCACCGUAUGCACCUCUGCAUAUAUACAUGUAUAUAUAUAUAUAUAUGUAUAUAUAUGCGUCUAUCUAUGUCUGUCUACAGAAGUGCAUGUAGUCGUGAUUGAUUCUCUGCGAGUGUGAGCCGAUCUACAAUGUGGCGGUGUCCCCUUCCGCUCUUGUAAAUAGCUGCGUGCAUGUGAAAUCGUUUUUCUGCUCGCUUGUCAAGCAAUACCACCGUAAACACGGUCCCACUUGUUUACCGAAUAUUUUCCCCGUUCCUCGUGUGAACGAGUUCGAAAUUUUCUCAAUUCUUGGCG